AAUCCUGUCAUUACCCACAUCACAAAAAAAGAGCGGCUCCCCCCUUUUUUCCAGUUUCGCGCCCGCUCAGUUCUAUUCUAUCCCGCUUCAUUUUUAUGGUUUUGAAAAGCUCUUCCGCUUCACUUUCAACUCACUCUUUCUCUCUCUCUCUCUCUGUCAGUUUCUCGAGAAAAAAAGUGUAAUUUCGCCGGAAAAAAUGCCGCCGAUAAACUUGACGGAAGGCGCGAUAGCGAUUCUAACGAACCGCGAAGCACAUGCGGAGGAUUUUAAACCGGUGUUACAAAUCACAGAUAUUCGGUUGGUGAACACUCAGAAUCAGAAUAACAAUAACGAACGGUACCGGAUCCUUUUAUCGGACGGGGAGUUUCUUCAGCAAGGGAUGUUAGCUACGCAAAAAAACGAUCUUAUUCGGUCUCAACAGAUUCAAAAAGGAUCUAUUAUUCAGAUGAAUCAGUUCGUUUGUAAUAACAUCCAAAAUCGAAUGAUCAUCAUUGUUAUUGAAUUAGAUAUUUUACUGGAGACAUGUGAUACCAUUGGAGAACCAAAGCAUUAUCUCCCAAAUGGUAUUAGUCCUUCAGUGCCACGGCCAGCUGCCCCACUUCAGCCUUCCACCAAUCAAUCAGGUGGUUUAAGUGGCAGCCCUCAAUCCUUUACUGCUGUUUCAGCUACUUCAAGCUCAGCUCCAAGAUCAAAUAUGCCUGGAGGGAUGCAAUCUCCCGAGUCAACCCGUAGCAUUGGUUAUAAUACUUCCUCUGCUGGUAAUAUUGACUCUGAAAGAUAUAGUUCAACAAGUGCACCCCUUUACCCCAANUGA